GAUAUGCAGGUACUCCGGAAUGGCACAAAGGUUGUCCGGUCCUUCCGGCCAGAUUUUGUGCUCAUCCGGCAGCAUGCAUUUGGCAUGGCGGAGAAUGAGGACUUCCGCCACCUGAUCAUUGGCAUGCAGUAUGCAGGCCUCCCCAGCAUCAACUCACUUGAAUCCAUUUACAACUUCUGUGACAAGCCAUGGGUGUUUGCCCAGCUGGUGGCCAUCUACAAGACAUUGGGAGGAGAAAAGUUCCCACUAAUUGAGCAGACAUACUACCCCAACCACAAAGAGAUGCUGACAUUGCCCACAUUCCCUGUGGUGGUGAAGAUUGGCCAUGCUCACUCGGGCAUGGGAAAGGUCAAAGUGGAAAACCACUACGACUUCCAGGACAUUGCUAGCGUGGUAGCCCUCACCCAGACCUACGCCACAGCAGAGCCUUUCAUUGACGCCAAGUAUGACAUCCGGGUCCAGAAGAUAGGCAACAAUUACAAGGCUUACAUGAGGACAUCAAUCUCAGGAAACUGGAAGACGAACACUGGCUCUGCAAUGCUGGAACAGAUCGCCAUGUCAGACAGGUACAAGCUGUGGGUAGAUACCUGCUCUGAAAUGUUUGGUGGCCUGGACAUCUGUGCUGUCAAAGCUGUGCAUGGCAAAGAUGGGAGAGACUACAUUUUUGAGGUCAUGGACUGCAGUAUGCCGCUAAUUGGGGAACACCAGGUAGAGGACAAACAACUCAUCACCGAACUAGUCAUCAGCAAGAUGAACCAGCUGCUGUCUAGGACCCCUGUCCUGUCUCCUCAGAGACCCUUAACUACCCAGCAGCCACAGCUGCCGGGCGGCCCCACCACCCACGGAUAUGCACCCUCCAGCAGCAGCUCCCUGGCAGAGGCCCAGCCACCCCCGGCUGCUCCACCACAGAAGCCCCAGCCUCACCCACAGCUCAACAAGUCGCAGUCCCUGACAAAUGCCUUCAGCUUCUCUGAGUCCUCCUUCUUCCGGUCUUCAGCCAAUGAGGAUGAAGCCAAAGCAGAGACCAUCAGGAGCUUGAGGAAGUCCUUUGCCAGCCUCUUUUCAGAUUAGCUCUUCAGACACGUGGGCACCUGGCCUAACCGGGAAAGGCAUCUGAGACAUUUGCCAACAACAGUCAGCCACGUUUGGUAGUGAUGUCCCAUGACCUUGACUUGUGUGGCCCCUUCCUCUGCUCCAUUGUGCUAAGUGAUGUGCAGCUCAGAAAAGAUCAUGUGAAGGUCUCAGGGCAGGUGCCUAAUCAGCAAGGGGCACCUGACAUCAGAGAGAAUAGAGCUGCUUUUCUGUAGUUAUGAGAGCAUUCUCUGAGGUCAUCGUUUGGUGUGAGUUUAGUGGCCUUAUUGUGACAGCGCCAUCAUGUCUUAUUCUUCCUUGUGAAACCAGGACUCCCUUCAUUGAGGACUCCUGGUAGCUUAACCUAACUCAGAUGCAGUGCUAAGCAUGCCCCCUCUCCUUUAGUCAAUGCUGCCUAUGUGGGGAGUAUAUACUUAACCCAAAAUAUUCUUGGUGUUAGGAACUUACCCACACCUGGAUCCCUUGUCAGACACACCUGAUUAGCUGUUGAAAACACACCUGCCCAGCACAUGAGAUUCCUUGACUGCUGUCAUAGUGAAGCACCUUUAGUCUACUGAUACUGGAGAGAACAAGGAUCUGCAGUUUUCCCCUUUCCCUCUCUGGAGUGCAGUUCUUUUGUGUGUGCUGCAGUGAUCUUGAGCUCCGAAGCUGCUCUGUGGAGAAUGCAUGACACUGUAACAGCAGUAUAACAACUUUUGUGUUCAUCUCAAAAUAAAUGUUAAGACAUUUGGUGUAAUAAAAACAGCAGCAUUA